AUGGCUACCUUCAACAAACUGAUAAUUGGCACUGCUGUUACCAGUUUUACCAUAUUUCAGCUUCUGUUCCAUGUUCUAAGUUCUUGGGCAUCAACAAGAAUAACUCCUGCUUUUAAUAAUCUCAACCAAAAAAGGAAGAUUGAAUGGAAUUCAAGGACAGUAUCCACCUUCCAUGCCUUGGUGGUUGGUGCUUUUUGUGUAUAUAUCUUGUUGUAUGAUGAAGCUGUUAAUGCUGACCAUGUCUGGGGUGACCCUUCAAUUGUGAAACUGAAUAUUGCUAUUACCACAGGCUACCUCAUUUCUGAUUUGUUUCUUAUUACUUACUACUGGAAGGCAAUUGGUGAUAAAUUUUUUGUAAUUCAUCACUUGGCAGCUCUGUAUGCCUACUACUUUGUACUGGGUGAAGGAAUGUUGGCAUAUUUUGGUAACUUUCGUCUGCUUGCAGAGUUCUCUACUCCUUUUGUGAAUCAGCGGUGGUUCUUUGAAGUGCUGGGGUACCCCAAAUCUUCAAAAGCCAACAUCAUCAAUGGGGUGCUGAUGACGAUUGUGUUCUUCAUGGUGAGGAUUGUAGUCAUGCCUGUUUAUUAUGCCGACGUCAUUUCUGUGUUUGGAACAGAGGCUUUCCACAGAGUAGGAGUUGCAGCCCAAAGCGCCUGGAUUAUCUCAAGUGUUGUCUUGGAUGUGAUGAACUUGAUGUGGAUGGUCAAAAUUACAAAGGGAUGCUACAAAGUUAUUUGUCUCAUUGGACAAAAGGAAGUCAAAAUACGUAAGAAUGGAAAAUCUGACUAGAAAUCAUAUAUGUAAAACUGAACUUCUCUAUAAAGAUCAUUUGGGUUCAUUGAAACAAUGCACACUUUUGCCACAAAAUGCUCCUCUAAGGAAACAAGGUAUUGCCUCUUUAUUGAUCUUAACCUUUCUCUUGCCACACUGCCUGCAUGCCCAGGGUCACUUCAUUUAAAGACAAUCCCACUCUAUGGAAUGGGAAACAAUGGCAUAUGACAUACCGUAUGUAUAGGUUCAUACAAAUGAGUCUAGCUGUGUGUUCUAAGCACUUAACUGACAAAUGAACUUAAAAAGGAACAGACUGAUUAGUUGGUGGUCUUCUAUCAAUAUGUUCCUAAAAUAUUUUCACUCAGGUUUCUCAAUGUGUUUUUUAAAGCCUGUGAAUGUUAGGAUCUUUUGUUGUAAGUUAUGCAGAUAUGGCAAAUUUCCUGCCAUGUUUCUGUGCUUUCUCUUAUUAGUAUUUGGUGUUAACAAUCAAGAUUUCAUCCUUGACAACUUAUUUUUUUGCAACAAAGGCUAAGAAUUUAGCUUUGAUGCUAUGAAAUAUUUGACUGACUUUCUGCUGCCUUAUAUGCAUGGACACAA